AUGGCUGAUGCACAAGUGCCUCCAGGCUCCCCACCGGCGCCAUUCUUUGCUGGCUCAGAUGAUGAUGAAGAUUUUGCCAUGUCGGAAGACGCAUCACAUGCUGGUCCGUCAAGUGCAAGUUUACCUCAAACCCCAAGAACUGGUGCUUCCUCGGCAAGGUCGUCGCCUCCACCUCCUUUGUUCCUACAUGAUAGCGAUGUCGAAAAAGAAGACUCCAUGCCAGUGGACUUGCCAUCUUCUAGCAAGCACCCACCGCUUAUGGAAGACAACGAUUCUGACAUUGAAAUCGUGGAACAGCCUCGUGAACAAAAAUCUUCAAAUGACACGCAGUCUUCCGCUUCAGCUUGUGCACAUCCUAACGCCCACUCGCCUCCUGCAACUAACAUCAGCAAGAAGCGUCGCCUGUCAGCUGACCCCCUUCCUCCCUCAAAAGCAAGCUUUCCCCGUACGUACCUUGGCGAACUUCUCGUUCCAAAUGCGUGGAGCAAUGUUUCUGGGAAAGGGUAUGUCAAACCAAACGACACUGUUCUUGUUAAGAGGGACAAAGAAGAACACAUUUCAAAGCCCUCAACUGCUAAGCCGAAGCCAGGAAAUGGCAAGAAAAAAUCCGACGGCAAAAAGCAAAUAACACUGGCCACGAUGCUCAAACCUCAGCCUGCGAAACCGAGUAAGAAGAAGAAAGCCGACAGCAUCGUUCGUCUCGUCAAUAGCAAAGGUUUCGAGUUUGGCAGAUUGCCAACGGAGGUCUCUUGGUGGAUAGCAAAAUUGCUCGAACUAGAUAUGGUUGAGAUUCGCGGAAUAAUGACAGAUUGCCCGGAAAAACUUACCACUGGAGUCAGCCUAAUUGUGACGCUUCAUAUAUAUCUACUUGCUGGAGCGUUCAAACCGCUCAAAACGUCUGGCAAAGACGAAGAUUCCGUAUCGUUCGGAUUCAACGAGGGCCUCGAGACAGAAGAUGAAGUUCAUCUUCGAGAACGCAAAAAUGCCACUGUAAAGCUAUUUGAUGUUUUGGGAUUGAAGCCUCAGGCCGGUGCUCGUUCCAGAGGCAAGCGACCGCAGGGCAAGAUCCAAGAGGAGCCCCUCAAACGACGAUCAGGCAAGAAGGUAAAGGAGAUUGUCGGAGAUGGCGAAGAAAUCGAAGUAGACGACGGGGAAGAUCUCUCCAACAAUGACAUUGAUGCUAUCUAUACAAAGGCGCAACAUAAUGACCGCAGCAUGGGCGAAAUGGAACCUUCAGAAUCUUUCAAUCUAACUUUACGAGGUUAUCAAAAGCAAGCUCUCUUUUGGAUGCAUUCUUUGGAGACUGGAGCCAUCGACGCGCGAGAAGCAACCUCUAUGCACCCACUCUGGAGCCAAUAUACCUUUCCUCAAGAACCAGUUAUCGACGGCGAUAUGAUCGACUUGACUGCCGAUGACAAAUUAUUUUAUUUCAAUUCUUACUCUGGCGAAUUGAGUUUGGACUUCCCUAAAGCUGAGAGGAAUUGCAAGGGUGGGAUUCUAGCGCAAAUUUCGGUUUCUAUGAUAGAGAUGGGCAUGGGCAAGACUAUUAUGCUGUCCGCUCUGAUACAAACAAGUAUGCCAUAUCAAAACGAGGAGUCAGGAGAUACGAAUGUGCAUUCGAGAGUCAAGCAACUAAAGUUGAAUAACGCCUUCCGCUCGGGGAACAACAGGAACCUUCAGCCUGCCAAAUCUCCAUCUGCAACGUUAAUUGUUGCUCCAACGUCUCUGUUAAACCAAUGGGCAGAAGAGCUCCAGCGCUCGAGUAAACCUGGAACGCUCGAUGUCUUUGUUUGGCAUGGCCAGAAUCGACUAGAUCUUGAGGCUCUCGUCGAUAACGAUAGCGAUAAUAGGACGUUGAAAAUCGUAAUCACAUCCUAUGGGGUUCUUGCAUCAGAACACGCCAAAAUAAAGAAUUCCCAAAGCGUCAAGCCACCAGUGUUUGAAAUCAAUUGGUGGCGGGUCGUUCUCGACGAGGCUCAUUCGUGUAAAUCUCGAACGAGUAAAACUGCCAAGGCAGUGUAUGCUCUCUCAGCAAAGCGACGAUGGACUGUCACAGGAACGCCGAUUGUGAACCGGCUGGAGGACCUAUAUUCACUUCUCAAGUUCCUGGAUUUCAAGCCGUGGUCUGAAUUCUCAUUCUUUCGAUCGUUCAUUACACUUCCAUUCCUCGCGGGUGAUGUAAAGGCCAUCGAAGUUGUCCAAGUCAUUCUAGAGAGCAUUCUUCUUAGGCGGGAGAAGAACAUGCUUGAUACAGAUGGGAAGAGAAUAGUCGAAUUGCCACCAAAGGAGGUGGUAACGGAAGAACUAGAGUUCACUCCUCUAGAGAGAAAAAUCUAUGACUCCAUAUACCACUUAGCCAAGCGCAAUUUUGAGCAACUUGACGCGAAGGGGCUUGUGGGUAAGAAUUACACGCACAUUUUGGCCAUGCUUAUGAGAUUACGGCGAGCAGUUCUGCAUCCAACUCUAGUCUUGAUUAAAGAUGACGAGCGCGCAUUAUCUCCUGAAAAGGACGGUCGAGCCGAUGUCAACGACUUGAUCAAGCGUUUUGCUGAAGACGGGCAAACCACUCCAGAUGGUUCCAAUGAAUUCGCGGAAAACUUCAUGGCAAACCUCAAGGGAGAAGAUAAUGCCGAUUGUCCGAUCUACUUCAACGAAAUGGAAGUUCCUAUGGUUGUCCCUCGCUGCAUGCAUCAAUUCUGCAAAGAUUGCAUUAUAUCUCAUAUUGGCAUAUGCGAACAGAGAGACCAGAAGCCGAACUGCCCUACCUGCAAUAGCGGCCCUAUACAAAGCUCGGAAUUGGUCGAAAUCGCUUCUGAGCCUGACGUUGUCCUGCGGCAGAAUGACUUCCAGUCCUCGACAAAGCUAGAUGCCCUAAUUCAAAACCUUCGCAAGCUGCGGGCCCAAGAUCCCUGUUUCCGAGCUGUGGUCUUCUCCCAAUUUACGAGUUUUCUUGAUUUGAUACAAGUCGCGCUGGAUCGAGAACGUUUCAACCACUACAGAUUCGACGGAACCAUGGACGUGAAAAAGAAAAGCGCUGCAAUCAGUGACUUCAAAUCUCCAUCCCGUAAACCCAAGGUUCUUGUUGUGAGCUUGAAAGCAGGCGGCGUUGGCCUCAACCUAACAACUGCGAAUCACGUAUUCAUGAUGGAUUGUUGGUGGAAUGCCGCAGUAGAGAACCAAGCAAUCGAUAGGGUUCAUAGAAUCGGGCAGGACAAAACGGUUUAUGUCAAGCACUUCAUAAUAUCAAAAACCAUCGAAAAACGGAUUCUCCAGAUACAAAAGAGGAAAACCGCUAUCGUAAACGAAGCAUUCCGUGGGAGCGGAAAGGCUGAUCCUGAAAGCAUACAGAACCUCAAGAUCAUGUUUGGUGAUGACUAG